AUCCCCUUCCCUGCGUUGCCCCGCGCCCCCCCCCCCCGUGGCGGGCGGGUCGGGACGCAGGAAGGGGACACUGGCGUCGUCGGUGUCAGGAGGAGACUCUAGCACCCAAGUUUCCUCACGUUUCUCUCUGCUCCCCGGUACUGAGCCUGUCAGGGUCCCACGGGGGCCGUUCCUGGGCCUGGAAAGUCUCCUGUGCCGGUUCGCGGGUCCGUCCUGUUUUCUUCUUCAAGGCCCAGCGUUUGCAGCGUCCACAUUAUUUUAUAGUUAAAUUCUUCCGGCAGAGCAGCCUGAGUUGGUGUCUGCGUGGUCGAGUGUUAAUUUUUUGGCUCCUCCAGCCCUGCGCGGCGGGUGGUUUGCGUGCUUGGGCCAGUAAGUGAACAAUCACUUGGCGGAGGGGGCCUCGCUGGGCCCGUCUGGCACCAGCCACCGCCUACGCUUGAGGACCUGAGACGCUUUGUGGGGGUUCUCCCCUCCCCAAGCACAACAAAACGCACCUGCCUUUGGGGAACCGGGGACAGCACUCAGCCCCCAGCCUCCUGCGUUCGUGGUCGUCCUUCAUGGGUGGGGCCCAGCGCGGACUCCGAGGCUGUGCAGGUGUCUGUGCCCAUAGUGGGCAGGGGCUGGGAGCUGACUUGACAGCCUGCGGGGGCCAAGACGUAUGAGAUCUUGGGGGCAGCGGGUUCCCUUUCCUCCUGGCCUGGGAGAGCACAGACUUGGGGCCGAGGAAGGAAGGGGCUUGGGGAUGAAUUAGUGCAGCUCAUUGCAGAGGGAGGAGGCAGGCCGGGGACUUUCCUCAAGGCGCAGUAAGAUGGAGCCCGGCCGCCCUUUCAGCUUAGCCCUAGUCCUGGGCUGAGGAGCUUGUGGGCAGGGGAGGUGUGCGAGUCCUGUCCCUCCCCUCCCCUCCACAGUGCCCACUGUUGGCCGUGGCUGAGGAGCCCCCAGCCAGCACUGGCCAGGAGGACCAGGCCUCUCUCAGUCGCCUAAGUUUUAAAGUUCUGAAUCACACAGCUGUUUUACUACUUUGUAAGUAAAAAUCUGUUGCCAGGAAGUAUUGAUGAGUUUACAUCUCACAUGGGAAACUUGCUUCCAUUUUAGGUAGAAAGUCUAGUCUGCCUUUGAACUUCUUGCUUGGUGUCUGUAAGGUUUUAAGACCAGAGUGGCCGGCGCCAGAGAAAGAAAGACAGCAGAGUUGAAAGGGGCCAAGCUCGCAAUUGAUGGCCUCCGAGAAGCGGUUCUGCUAUUUCCUGAACUCCUGAGAGGUCAGACGCGCCAAAACUUUCAGGCUAACUAACCUGUCAGGCGACAGGUCAAACCAUGUCCUCCCCAACGAUUCCUCGGGCCUCCGCGUGAACAGCCCCGGCUAAAACAGACUUCCUUGGAAUCUCCAGGAAACCGUGGGGUGCGUGGCGAUUGGCAGCUCCGGCCAGCAGUUACUUUUCCUUCCACUGGCCCCAGUGAGAAGGUCGCCUGUGCUUCCCGGAAAUGAGGCUCAGUCGUUCCCAGGUGGCGCCAGAGGCCGAGUGGUCACCAAAGAGCAGGCGGGAGGUGGCGGUGGGGCCGGACCCCGAGCCCGAGUUGGAGGUGCUGGACGCGGCAAGCCCCGCGUCCCAGAAGCCUGCGGCGUCGGCUCAGGGACAGGAAUGGCCAGAGAGCUCGCCUUCAGGGCAGGCCUCGGAGCAACGACCGUCGAUCGAGCUGGAGAACCAGCCGACGCUGCAGGACAAGCCGUCGCGGGAGUCAGGGACGAGAGACCUGUCCCUGGGGGAGCCAGAAAUCCAGACGCCCCGGGCUGCGGGCUGGCGCUGCCGCACCGCCUGCCUGGAGGCGCCACUGUCCCGCGCCUUCGGACGGCUGGGCUGGGCUGUGGGCGAGCACCCCUGGCUCUUCCUGCUAGUGCCCGUGCUGCUGACGGUGGCGCUCGGCAGCGGCCUGCUCUACCUGCCCGGGAAUGAAAAGGAAGACUUCGAGGAGCUGUACACCCCGAUCAGGGGCCCCGCCAAGGCCGAGCGGCGCUUCGUGCAGGCUCACUUCACCACCAACGACUCCUACCACUUCUCCGCCGCCAGGAGGAGCGCCGAGGCCAGUUUCGCCUCCAUCCUGGUGGUCGGCACGGCCAACUCGCUGCUGGAGGAAGACACCUUUACGGAAGUGGGUAGACUGGACGACGCAGUGCAGUCUCUGUCUGUGGGACAGGUUAACGGCACCCAGAUCCCGUACACGCAGGUGUGCGCCAAGUACAAGGACCUCUGCGUGCCCCCCAACCUGCUCCUGUACACCUGGCAGAAGAACAGGAGGCUCGACCUGAGAAACGUCACCUUCCCCAUCUUCCACCACGAAGGCCACCCCAUCUACCUGACCGGCUUCUUCGGAGGAAACACCCUGGGGAAGAGGAUGGGAAGGAACCGGUUGCUCCUGGGGACCAAAGCCCUGCGGCUGCUGUACUACCUGAAGACUGAGCGACUGCAGGACAAGCUGCAGAGCAAGCAAUGGCUGACUCAUUUCCUGAACCAAUUCAACAACACUAAGAACCGUCUGAACUUAAAGAAAAUCAAGGUGGUCCACUUUACAUCACUUUCUAGACAACUGGAACUUGCGGCAACUUCUAAGACAGUGAUCCCUUUGUUUCACUCGGCAUACAUUCUAAUCAUACUGUUUUCAAUCACAUCAUGCUACAGGUUGGACUGUGUACGAAACAAAAUGUGGGUUGCAGUCUUUGGAGUGAUUUCUGCUAUCUUGGCAGUGGUGAGUGGCUUUGGCCUGCUGUUGCACAUCGGGGUGCCAUUUGUGAUCACAGUUGCAAAUUCGCCAUUUCUUAUUCUAGGUGUUGGAGUCGAUGACAUGUUUAUCAUGAUUUCUGCCUGGCAGAAGACCAGCCUCGUGGAAAGCAUAGGACGGCGGAUGUCCAACGUCUAUUCAAAGGUGGCAGUGUCCAUUACAAUCACCUCCAUCACCAACAUCCUGGCCUUCUAUACAGGGGUUAUGAGCUCUUUCAGGUCCAUACAAUACUUUUGCAUCUAUACAGGAACAACCCUGUUCUUUUGUUAUAUUUAUAACAUCACUUGUUUUGGAGCAUUUAUGGCCCUGGAUGGUAAAAGAGAAGUAGUCUGCCUACGCUGGUUGAAAAAGCCAGAGACUCCUGACCAAAGAGGUUCCUUAUUAAAAAAGUUCUGUUUCCCAUUUGGUUCUGUUGUAGAUGAACAGGGAACUGAUGUCCAUCCAAUGAAUAUAUUCUUUAGAGACUAUUUUGGUCCUUUUCUCACAAAUACUCGGUCCAAGUUUUUUGUGGUGAUGAUAUACAUUUUGUACCUUGUCAGUAGUAUAUACGGGUGUUUCCGAGUGCAGGAAGGCAUAGACCUUCGAAAUCUGGCAAGUGACGAUUCCUACAUUACACCAUAUUUUAAUACAAAGGAAAAGUAUUUUUCAGACUAUGGUCCCAGGGUUAUGGUUGUCAUUAGUAAAAGUAUUGACUACUGGGAUGAAGAAGUUAGGCAAAAAUUGGAAAAAUGUAUAAAAGAUUUUGAAAAAAAUUACUAUGUAGAUGCAAAUCUUACAGAGUUUUGGUUACAUGCGUAUGUGCAGUAUAUGAAACGUAGCGGACAAGAUCCUAAUGAUAAGAACGCUUUUAUGAACGGUAUUUCUGGUUUUGAAAACUAUUUUCCAGCUUUUAUUCAAGAUAUUAAUAUUUCAUCAUCAAAUGAAAUCAUUUCUUCCCGGGGCUUCAUUCAGACUAUGCAUGUUUCUUCCUCAAUCAGUAAGAAGACAAUGUUAUUCAAAUUACGAAGCAUUGCCAAAAAGUGUGAAAUUCCCCUACUAGUGUAUAACCCGGCAUUCAUAUAUUUUGAUCAGUUUGCCGCAGUAUUAGAAAAUACUGUUCGAAAUGUCAUGGUUGCAUCAGCAGUUAUGUUUAUUGUUGCCUUAUUGUUAAUUCCUCAUCCAGUGUGUUCCCUGUGGGUAACUCUUGCUAUUGCUUCUGUGAUUGUGGGAGUAACGGGUUUCAUGGCAUUCUGGAAUGUCAAUCUUGAUUCCAUAUCCAUGAUUAAUCUCGUCAUUUGUAUAGGGUUUUCUUUUGAUUUUUCUGCACACAUUUCCUAUGCAUUUGUUUCCAGUUCUCAGCCCUCAGUAAACAGAAAAUCAAUUGAGGCAUUAUAUGAGCUGGGCUACCCUAUGUUACAGAGUGCAGUUUCAACAAUAAUAGGGGUGUGUGUUUUAUCUGCAGCUAAAGCAUACAUCUUCAGGACAUUUUUCAAGAUUAUGUUUCUUGUUAUGCUAUUUGGGGCUGCUCAUGGCCUAAUUUUUAUUCCAGUAUUCUUAACCCUUUUUUGAAGGUUUGUUUGACUAUCCACUAACAAAUCAAAGAUCAAUUAUAGAAUUCCUGAUUGCCCCAAUCCAAUCUGAUAAAAAAAAUGCACUAUUAAGAAUAGUCAACAAACUUAAAACAAAGGCAUGUUUCCUUGACUUGGAAAUCUCAUUUUAAAAUGUUAUUUAAAAUAUCCUGAGAAAAAUUAGUCUUACAUUAAAAUAUCUUUACAAAAUUGGGAAGUGUUGUCAUCUUUAUUAUAGUCUCUACAAUCAAGUAUACGGUAAACCUUUCCAGUUUUUUUUCCUUUUAUUUCAUCAUUAGAAGUUUAUGCCUAGGAUUCAACUAUUUUAUAUAUUAUUCAUACUAUAAAUGGAAUAUUAUUUGCCUUGUACUUCCUACAUGCAUUAUUACGUGAAAAUGCAACUUAUUAUAUAUUCUCCCAGAGGCUUUCUAUGCAUUUUCUUAAUGGUAUAUUUUGAUGAACUGAUAGUUUUAAAGUUUAUAAAUCCAAUUUAUCAUUUUUUAUGGUUUGUGCUACGUUCUAUGAAAUAUUUUUACUACUCCAAGGUUACAAAGAAACCAUCUAUGUUUUCUUCUCAAAAGUAGUAGUUUUAAUUUUUUACAUUUAGGUCUAUGAUCCAUAGACCUGUAUUUGUUGGGAGGUAUGAAUAAAGAUUUCCUUCCCAUAAUAGCUACCCAGUUGUCCCAGCAUCAUUUGUGAAAAGACUAUACUUCAGCAUAGGAUUAACUUGUCACCUAUGUCAAAAAAUCAAUUGGCAAUUUAUGUUUGGCUCUAUCUCUGUGCCAUUGAUCUGUCUCUGUCUACAUUAAGGCCAAUACCAUACUGCCUUGAUUACUGAAGCUUUAUAUUAAUUCUUGAAAUUAGGUUGUGUGAGUUGUCCAAUAUUUUUCUUCUUUUCCAAAUUGUUCUGGCUAUUCUAGGUUCUUUGCAUUUACAUGUUAAUUUUAGAGUCACUUGUCAAUUUCUCAAAAAUGCCUUCAGUGGUCUUCACUGGGUUAUGAUGAAUCUAUAGAUCAAUUUGAGGAACAUACAAAUCUUAGCAAUAUUAGGUCUUUCAGUGCAUGACCAUGAUUUAUUUCUCCAUUUAUGGAGGUCUCCUGUAAUUUCUCUCAGGGAUAUCUUGUGGUUCUCAGUAGAUUUAUUUACUCCUAAGUAUUUUAAUUUUUAUGACAUUGUAAAUAAUAUAAAUUUUAAAUUUCUUUUCAAUUUUUUUACUAGUACAUAAAAAUACAAUUAAUUUUGGUAUACAUUACAUUGUGUAACCCUGUUAUGUUCAUUUAUUGGUUCCUGUAGAUUUCUGUAUAGUUUCUUUAGUAUUUUUUAUCUACACAAUUAUGUAAUGGCUUAUAAAGAACAUUUUAUUUUUCUUUACAAUCUUUAUUUCUUAAUUUUCUCAUACUUGCCUUAAUACACUGGCUAAAACAUUCAAUAAAAUAUUGUUUUUAAAAAAGGUGAGAGCAUACAUCAUUGCCUGUUCCCAACUUUAUAGGGAACAU